UGUGCGGCGCCCUCGGCUCCGCUCGGCGUCCCCUCCCAGCCGCCGCCGGCCGCUCCCUUCCCCGUCCGUCCAUGUCCCUGCCCGUGGUGCUCCCGGGCUCCUGCUGCCCCGUGGCUGGGCUUUCGGGCGGGCCGCAGGCCGGGGGCCCGGGAGCCGUCGCUGCCGCCGCCCAGGAGCCGCCGCUGCCCCCGCUGCGGCCGCGCUGGCCCCGGGGCGCGCUGCAGCCCCCGGCGCGGCCUCGCUGCGCGGCCGCAGCUGCCGCCGGGGUGCUGGCCGCGCCGCCCGCGCUCUCCUCCCGCCGGGCAGCCGCCGCCGCUGCCGCCGCCGCCCCGGGCUCCGCGCUCCUGCCCGCCCGCCCGCUGCUGUCACUCGGGCUGCUGCAGCUGAUCCUGGGCUGCUGCAUGGUGGCGCUCAGCUUCGGGGCGCUGUCGCUGAGCAGCUCUCCGCAGGUGAAGAACUCGUGCCCGUUCUGGGCCGGCUCCUCGGUGAUACUCUCUGGAAUCAUAGGAUUAACAACUUGGAAAAGGCCUAUGAUACUCCUGGUAAACCUCUUUGUGCUGCUCUCUGUGGUUUGUGUCCUCUUAAAUCUAGCGGGAUUUAUCCUAGGCUGCCAAGGGGCCCAGUUUGUGUCCAGUGUGCCCAGGUGUGAUCUGGUGGACUUAGGUGAAGGCAAGAUUUGCUUCUGUUGUGAAGAAUUUCAACCAGCCAAAUGCACAGACAAAGAAAAUGCCUUGAAACUCUUUCCGGUUCAGCCUUGUAGUGCUGUUCACCUUCUACUUAAGAAAGUCCUCUUUGCCCUGUGUGCCUUGAAUGCCCUGACCACCACCGUCUGCUUGGUGGCCGCCGCCCUCCGCUACCUCCAGAUAUUCGCAACCAGGAGAUCCUGCAUCGAUGAAUCCCAGAUUUCUGCUGAAGAAGUGGAAGAUCAUGGACACAUCCCCGACCCUGAUGACUUUGUGCCGCCUGUGCCUCCCCCUUCCUAUUUUGCCACAUUUUACUCGUGCACACCCCGGAUGAACCGCAGGAUGGUUGGUCCUGAUGUUAUUCCCCUGCCACAUAUCUAUGGAGCUCGAAUCAAAGGUGUGGAAGUGUUCUGUCCUCUGGAUCCCCCACCGCCGUAUGAAGCUGUGGUGAGCCAGAUGAACCAGGAGCAGGGAUCUUCAUUCCAAAUGCCAGAAGGAUCAGAAGCUGCUGCGAUCCCAUUGGAUCCGUGCUGCACACAAGUGACUCAAGGUGGGGACAUUCCUAACAUACCUGCAGAAGAAAAUGCAUCCAUGCCAACUCCCAGUUCAACCCUGGUGUGUCCUGUGAGAAGCCACAGAGCCCUCCCACCCCUGAGGACGAGAUCGAAGAGUGAUCCCAUGCUCCAUCAUUCCGAGGAGAGAGCUGCCCCAGUGCUCAGCUGUGAAGCUGCGACACAGACUGAAAGGAGACUGGAUUUGGCUGCAGUGACUUUGAGGAGAGGCCUGAGAUCGAGAGCUUCGCGAUGCAGACCACGGUCUUUGAUAGAUUACAAAUCCUACAUGGACACCAAGCUGCUGGUGGCGAGGUUCCUGGAGCAGUCCUCCUGUAGCAUGACCCCAGACAUCCAUGAACUUGUAGAAAACAUUAAAUCUGUUUUGAAGUCUGAUGAGGAGCACAUGGAGGAAGCCAUCACAAGUGCCAGUUUCCUAGAACAGAUAAUGGCCCCGUUGCAGCCCAGCACAUCCAGGGCCCACACGCUGCCCUCGCAAAGACAGGCUGGCCUGCUGCACCUCCAGAGCUGUGGCGACCUGAGCACCUUCACACCGGCGGGGAGGCCCCAAGCUGAGAGGAGGCCCCGGCGAGUGGAGGCUGAGCGGCCACACAGCCUCAUUGGGGUCAUCCGAGAGACUGUCCUGUGAACCCUGGAAAACAGAAGGCCACUCCAAGGGGAAGGAUUCCCCUCCUCUCUGCCAUUUCCUGGCUGGGAGCUGGGUUCCCCCUCAAAAAAAAGAGCACUGUGGAGGACACGUUUUCCCAGUUGUUGGCUCCCGUGUCUGCUGACCGAGGGCAUUCAGGGGUAAAUGCACAGGUCAGCCCAGGCCCAUUUGGGUUUGGGCUGCACCAAGUUGGAGGUUAUGAAAGCAUCGAUCCUCUCCUUCCUCUGCUGGGCAUUGUGGCAUUCCCAAGGGUCACAUGCCCUGGCAUGGGCAGAAACUGGGCUAAUGAUUCUUUGCCCACUUCACCCCUCGAGUCUCUCUUUGUUGCUAAGUUCUUUUCCUCUUGGAAGGGAAGCUCUGCUGGGCUGCUAUUUUUAGCUGCCUGUGGCCUUUCACUGCUCAGUGAAUUGGCAGGAAAUAAGGUGAUUAACCCUAUGUGUCCACAAGCCUCAAGCUUGUUUCAGGUCACCCUCAAAUCUCACUCUCUUUAGGCAAAACAGGAAACUUUUUAAGUGAGAAAUUUUAAUACAAGACAUUUAAGGAGAGGAUUAUUGUUGAUUCCAUUUACUCAUGCUUGCAAAAUUAGAGACCCCUAAGGCAGAGUUGAGAAUAAAAAUGUUUACUUUGGGCUGCUAGGCUUGAUGUGUAA